AUGUUAAGCUGUACACUUGCAGGUCUACCAUUACUGGCUUUGUGCUGUUUGGGCCUGCUCGGUUUCAUAUUUGCAGGCGUAAUCGUGAUUGCCCUUAUCCCGGUCUUUUUACAAAGACAUAAUAUCAACACCCAACAACGAGAAAGUAGUAUUAUUCAAAUCCUUUAUAAUCUACCCGCAUUCGACAGUUCAUUGAUUGCUAAUGGGCAAGUACCACAAUCAAGAUAUAGACUGCAACAGCAGUUGGAUAAUGCAACCAGCGGCAGUCGGAGACAACAUACGCAAGUUGAAGUGGUCAACGUAGUCGUAAGACAACCACAAAACAUUGAAAAAAAGAGAAAACGUCGAGCACCUUCGCAGACCGUAGAAGGUUUAAUACAGUAUUUUUAUGGUACAAAAGCAGUUAAUUAUUCAGAAACAUUAGCUCAAAUGAUAGUUCAGUUUCGCCUGUCUUUGUCUAUUGAUUGCUUUACACUGAUUUGUCAAAACGGCCUGGUACAAAGAGUAACAACUCAAAUAUUUAUUGUCAUUCGAUUUGAUGAGAUCAGCUACAUGACAUUCUUCGGUUUAACACCCUCAAGCGGUGGUAGUAGUAGUAAUAAUAAUUCAACAACACUGCAGAUACUAACGACAUCAGCGGUCAGUAAUCAACCACAGCAGCUGUCUUCAACCUCGAGCGGUGGUAAUGGUAGUAGUAGUAAUAAUAAUUCAACAACACCGCAGAUACUAACGACAUCAACGGUCAAUAAUCAACCACAGCAGCUGUCUUCAACCUCGAGCGGUGGUAAUGGUAGUAGUAGUAAUAAUAAUUCAACAACACUGCAGAUACUAACGACAUCAACGGUCAGUAAUCGGCCACAACAGCUGUCUUCAACCUCGAGCGGUGGUAAUGGUAGUAGUAGUAAUAAUAAUUCAACAACACCGCAGAUACUAACGACAUCAACGAUCAAUAAUCAACCACAGCAGCUGUCUUCAACCUCGAGCGGUGGUAAUGGUAGUAGUAGUAAUAAUAAUUCAACAACACCGCAGAUACUAACGACAUCAACGAUCAGUAAUCGGCCACAACAGCUGUCUUCAACCUCGAGUAAAGCUGCAGAUGUCUCCUUCACUCAGAUUGUUUCAAAUCCGCCGUCCUUCUCAUUAAAAACAAUCUCAAGAUCACACGAGCCUAGUGUUGAAACACAAACACCCGAGAAAAGUACUAUCCGCAGUUCAAGAAUAACAACUAGCCAAAUGACAUCGUUAUUCUCUGUAUUCAUUUCAACCAUUGCGCCAAAAACUACUGGUGUGAACCCACGCCAACCAACGUCAUUCUCUUCUGAGAAAACUCCUGCAUUUACAAAAGAACGUUUACAAACUCCAAAAACUGGAACCGAUACAACUUUGUUCCAAAUAACAGGACGAACAAAACUUUCUCCUGUCACGAAGUCAAAGACUUCUAAACGACCAAAACCAACUAAACCAUCGAAAACAAAACCAACUUCACCUGUUCAAUCAUUCACUUCAUUAUUUACGUCAAAAACAUCAAGUGCAUCAGGAGCCACUAGUAAUCAGCCGCAAAUAGAGCCAUUCACAUCAUCCACUAGUGGUACGUAG